UAUAUCUAUAGCCCUCCAUUUUCAGGAAACAAAAAAUUUAAAAAAUCGAUCAAUUAAAUAUCGAGCUCCAACAAUGGAUUCUUCUUCCUCGAAUUUCUUCCAGUACCAAUACGACGACGUUUCGCUGCCCUUCAACUUCAACGACUCGGAGGAGAUGCUUCUGUACGGCGUUCUGGCAGAGGGCGGCGGCGGCGGAGGGGAAGCGAAUUGUCAGUCGGAGGAGGAGGAGAGUUCCGGCGGCGGCGGAACCCGCCGGGAAAAGGCGUACCGCGGGGUGCGGCGGCGGCCGUGGGGGAAGUUCGCGGCGGAGAUAAGAGACUCGACGCGGAAUGGGGUGAGGGUGUGGCUGGGGACGUUCGACAGCGCGGAGGCGGCGGCGCUGGCGUACGAUCAGGCGGCGUUCGCCAUGCGGGGGUGCACGGCGGUGCUGAAUUUUCCGGUGGACCGGGUGCGGGCGUCGCUGCAGGGUAUGAUAGAGGAGGAAGCCGGCGGCUCGCCGGUGAUGGCGCUGAAGCGGCGCCACUCUAGGAAGAAGAAAUCGACGGCGGCGGCGGCGGCGAGGAGUAUGGAAAUGGAGAAGAAUAGUGAUAGGAAUGGUGUGAUGGUUCUAGAAGAUUUGGGGGCUGAUUAUUUGGAGGAUCUUCUAAACACUUGUUCUUACUCAUCGUCUUCUUCUUCCUCUUCUUUUUUCUAAUGGAUUCAUAUUAUUCAUUAGGGUUUAGUGUGAAAUAUCUUAGUUUUGUA